AUGAAGGCGUCACGGGAAGUCUCCGUGAAGCAGAAGCGCUCGCGGUCGCCCCCCCGCGCCGUGCGGCCGCCGCGCUUUCCGGCGGCGACGUCCUCGGGCUGCCCGUCGCCGUCGCGCUCGGAGCGAAGCGGCUGGUGGGACCAGCAGCAACUGUCCCCCGUCAGCUGCGCCUCCGGCUACUGGGACGACGAGCAGCCCCUGCGGGACUGGGACGUCGAUGAGCCCCGCCACGAGCGGGACGACGUCCACAGGAUCUCGCCCGAGUCGGAGGGCUCGGGCGAGAGCGAGCGGCUGAGGGCGCUGUUCACGGCCUGCGACACCGACGGCGACGGCUACAUCACCAGCGCCAACCUGGCCGGCCUCCUGUCCAUGCUGGGCCUCGAGGGCUCGGGCGAGACGCUGGCGAGAGAGCUCGGGGCGGACCGGCGCGGGCGGGUGUCACUGCGCGCCUUCCUCGCCCGCAGGAAGCAACUCGCGCAGGAGGUCAACGCCAUCAGGAGCGAAGGUGGCGAGAACUGGGCGCCGGAGCUAUGGUCAGGGGGCUCCGAGGGCGGGGACUGCGACCCCCUCUCCCCCCAGCUGCCCUCGUCCCCCUUCUCCCGCCAGCAGCAGGGAGGGAGGGGCACACGCCAGGACCAUCAUCACCCUGCUGGCGGCCGUCGGCAGCAGUUACCCUACACCAGCAGGCAGGUCCUCGAGGCGACGAACAAGGUAGGGGGAAAACGUGCACCUUUAAGGGUCAGUUGA